AAUCCAUAUUUUGAUGAGCCCAACCAAAGCUCCUUUUCUCUGCGCAUCUUCCUCUGUAAGUGUAAACUGCUCUGUUUCGUCCCUUUAAGUACUCUGCUUCUCUAUCUUCUUCUUCUGCUCCACCACAUCAAUCAAUCAAUCCCAAACAGACCACAGAAAAUGGGAGUGCUGGCUUUUCUUUCAGAUUUCUUCAUAGUUUAUGGCAGAAAAAAGAGACGCAAACCAUAUCAGACUGUUGAGAUCAGGGUGAAAAUGGACUGUGAUGGCUGUGAAAGAAAAGUCAGAAAUGCUGUCACUCGCAUGAAAGGGGUGAAAGAAGUGGAGGUGAUAAGAAAGCAAAGCAGAGUGAAAGUGACUGGUUAUGUGGAUGCAAACAAGGUGUUGAAAAGGGUGAAGAGAACAGGGAAGAGAGCAGAGUUUUGGCCUUAUGUUCCUUAUAACUUGGUGGCUUAUCCUUAUGCAUCUCAGGCUUAUGAUAAGAGGGCUCCUUCUGGUUUUGUCAGGAAUGUUGCCCAAGCAGUUCCUACUCCUAAUGCUCCUGACGAGAAGUUCACUACCCUCUUCAGUGAUGAAAACCCUAAUUCUUGCUCCAUUAUGUGACACCAUUAAUUAUUCAUCUUUGUCUUCCAUCUCCAUAUAAACUUGCUAGGGUUUCUAUAUAUGUUCCUAACAUGACAUGAAUGUAAAGUAUUUUCUGAAUUAAAUUUGAGGGUAAUAAGGAACCCAAGUUUUUGGUUCCAGAUCAUGGGAAUAAUGAAAA